AUGCCAUGUCGCCUUCAAAAAUAUAGUUCGCAACACCACCACCAGCAGCAGCAGCAGCAGCAGCACCAGCAGCAGCAGCAAUACAAACAACACGAUAGGGAAACUUCAAGCAAUAAAACAACAGUCCAAAUCAAACCUUUAGCUAGCCCUCUUAUUAGAAGAACAAAACAGUCAAUUCAUGACUACAUCUAGACAUCAGGAACAAAACAGUCAAUUCAUGACUACAUCACAUCAAGAACAAAACAGUCAAUUCAUGACUACAUCUAGACAUCAGGAACAAAACAGUCAAUUCAUGACUACAUCUAGACAUCAGGAACAAAACAGUCAAUUCAUGACUACAUCUAGACAUCAGGAACAAAACAGUCAAUUCAUGACUACAUCUAG